AUGGAAGAUCUGAACAGAUAUAUUGAGCUUAACAACGGAAACAAGAUGCCGUUGGUGGGCUACGGGACAUUCUCUGGUGAAGAAGAGAAGGAGUUACAUGACUGCAUUGUACAUGCCAUAGUAGAACUCGGCUACAGACAUCUCGAUACUGCAAAGCUAUACGGUAAUGAAGAAGUUAUUGGCUGUGCCUUACAAGAAUGCUUUGAAAAAGGUAUCAAGAGAGAAGACCUUUUUAUUACAACCAAAGUAUGGAGAGAAGAUUAUCAUGAUGUGGAAUCUGCUAUUAAGGAGAGCCUCAGAAAGCUCCAGCUAGAGUAUCUUGAUCUGUAUCUUAUUCAUUGGAUGGUCACAGAUAUUGAUUGGAAAAAUCUUGAUGUCAAAGGUCCAACCAUGCAAGAGACUUGGAAACAGAUGGAAGGAAUUUAUGAGGAAGGGCUUUCUAAGAACAUUGGUGUCUCUAACUGUCCAGUGAUGAUGUAUUUGGAUCUUCUUGCAGGAGCAAAAGUUAAACCACAAGUAAAUCAAAUUGAAACAAAUCCUCAUUUUCAGCAAAAAGCUUUAAUUGAGUUUACAAGAAAAUUUGGAACAGAAAGUACAGCUUAUGCUCCAAUUGGAGCCCAAAAGUUUACUGGGAAUGGAAGUUUGUUUGAUAACGAGGACCUCAAAUCUAUCGCAGAUAAGCACGGCGUAUCCGUUCCCCAAAUAUGUCUUGCUUGGAAUAUUAAUAGAGGAGUAGCAGUUAUUCCAAAAUCUACAAAUAAAGAUCGCAUGAAAGCUAACUUUGAAGCACUCUCCAUUACCCUAGACGAGGAUGAAAUGGCCACUAUCUCCAAACUUGACAAGAACGAAAGAUUCUUCGAUCCUGCUAAAUGGGAAAAUGAGACUGGGGAGGAAGAUUGGGAUAAUUCUCCGAUUUGGGCUUAG